AUGCAUUUCUGGGUCAAAGGUCAGUUGAAAGCCCAAUCCGGAAUCAUCAUAAAAGUCCUGCGGGCGAAGGCGGCCUCUCUCUCAUCUGUUGUGGUUCUACUGGACCUUUCUGCAGCUUUUGACACUAUGGAUCACCAGAUCCUCAUCUCCACCCUUCACCACCUUGGAGUAUCUGGCUCUGCCCUCUCUCUGCUCAAAUCCUAUCUCAAGGACCGCACCUUCCGUUCUGAAACACGUGCAGCAGCACGUAUCUUUGCAUGUCUGGCCGACAUCUCCCAGUGGAUGUCCUCGCACCACCUCAAACUCAACCUGGGAAAGACUGAGCUACUUUACCUCCCAGGGAAGGGCUCUCCCACCACUGACUUCCACAUCACUGUCCAGGACACAGUGGUUGCCUCCACAGAAACCGCCAAAAACCUUGGCGUGACUCUUGACCACCAACUGUCCCUCUCAACAAACAUCACCGGCACUACCAGAUCUUGCAGAUUCUUGCUGCAUAACAUCAGGAGAAUCCGCCCGUUUCUCACCCAGAAGGCAGCUCAGGUCCUGGUCCAGGCACUGGUCAUCUCACGCCUGGACUACUGCAACUCCCUCAUGGCAGGUCUGCCUGCCAAAGCCAUCCGACCUCUACAACUCAUCCAGAAUGCAGCUGCUCGAUUGGUCUUCAAUCUUCCCAAAUUUUCACACACAACACCCCUCCUCCGCUCCCUCCACUGGCUACCUGUGGCUGCACGGAUACGCUUCAAGACUCUAGCUCUGGCGUACUCUGCUGCUAACGGUUCAGGUCCUACUUACAUCCAGGACCUUGUCAAACUCUACACUCCUGCCCGUCCUCUCCGCUCUGCAUCAGCCAAACAGCUGGCGACUCCCACCUUGUGUGGGUCAACUCGCCUCAAAACCACUUCCAGACUUUUCUCUGUCUUGGCUCCCAAAUGGUGGAACGAGCUCCCCACCGACAUCAGGACCUCAGACAGCCUGUACAUCUUCCGCCGCAGGCUGAAGACCUAUCUCUUCCAACAAUACCUCGGUUAAGUCAUGGUCACCUAACAGAUAUAUAUAUUU